AUGGUCGCCUCAGUCGUCGUCUGCUGCCCCACGAGCUUUGAAGGGGGCGUGCUCUCACUCGUAGACAACCGUGGCAUUCAAAUCGACUUCGACUGGAGCCAGUCCGCCCUUGCGCCUGAAAACAACCCCGACAGAGGCAGCGCCGACGCAGGCGGCACCGACCAGGUCAUGAACUGGGCCUGCUUCUUCUGUGACGUGGACCACGAAGUCUCGCCGGUCACAAAGGGCACCAGGUUGACACUGACGUACGACGUGUGCAUCGAAUCCACUGACAGCGAACGUGGCGACAGCAAACGUGGCGGUGGUGUCAAGGCGGAGGUCGAGGAAAGGUCGGGCGAGAGUUCGGGCGAGAGUUCGGACGAGAGUUCGGACGAGAGUUUUGGGGACCAGAAGUUCGAGGUUGAGCAGAAGCCUGAGGUUGAGCAGGGCAAAUGGAACGAGAUAGCGGUUCAGAUAGCGAGCAAGGUGGAGUCUCGCAAUGAGGAGCAGUUGUUAAUCCUGUUGGACAAGCUGAACGGCGCGCACCGCUACGGUUACUAUCCGGCGCAUGAUUACGCUUUCGGGGCCACAGACACUUGGACGGGUGAAAAGGACUGGGAGUCGCAGCUGAAGGGUGUGGACCUGCAGGUGUACAGAGCGUUGACGAAGCGUGAGUGGGUCGCCAAACUGUUAGUGCUAUACGCCGACUUGGAUUUAUACGGACCCGCGGUCCACUUCAACGUCGGCCAUAGCCCUGACGACCCGGUGAGCAUGGAGGAUGCUAUUGACUUCGAAGAGUUGGAGACGUUGCGAAGCAUUACCGAACUCCGAAUGAUCAAUAUCCCGCAACGAGAUCCCUCUACCAUCUACCGCUACUCAUUCUGGUACGGGUACACCGGUAACGAACCCAUCGAGAAACGAGACUCGUACUACGCUCGAACCGUCCUCGUUUUCAGCAAGUCACCAAUCACAAACGACAAAAAUCACACAGCGUUGUAA